AUGGCCAUCACUCAGCUUAUGCUCUCGGCCCUGUUGGCUGCCACAGCAGUCAACGGCCAAUCAUUCGAUGGAACGUCUCGAAGUGAAGAUGCGUUCAGUUAUGUCCAGCCUAAGAACACUACUAUUCUUGGUGCCUAUGGACACUCUCCGGCCGUUCUUCCGUCACCCAAUGCUACCGGAUCAGGUGGUUGGGAUGAAGCCUUCUCCAGAGCCCAAGAAUUCGUAGCCAAGUUGACUAUCGAAGAAAAGGCCGACAUGGUUACUGGCCAGCCAGGCCCCUGCGUGGGAAAUAUCGUUGCCAUUCCUCGCCUGGGCUUCCCCGGUCUUUGCUUGCAGGAUGGCCCAUUGGCCAUCCGAGUGGCAGACUACGCCAGCGUGUUCGCCGCCGGUGUCACCGUGGCAUCCACAUGGGAUAGAGACCUUCUCUAUAAGCGAGGCUACGCCAUGGGCCAAGAGUUCAAGGCAAAGGGUGCCCACAUUGCCCUCAGCCCAGUGGCUGGCCCUCUCGGACGCUCCGCCUACGCAGGCCGAAACUGGGAGGGCUUCGCAGCCGACCCCUAUCUGACAGGUGUUGCGAUGGAGCGUACCAUUCGUGGCCACCAGGAUGCCGGCGUGCAAGCCACCGCGAAGCAUUUCAUCGGUAACGAGCAAGAGACACAGCGCAACCCUACCUUUGACUCCAAUGGAACUCUCACGGAUGUCAUUCAGGAGGCUGUUUCAUCGAACAUUGAUGACCGAACCAUGCACGAGCUGUACCUGUGGCCGUUUGCCAAUGCGGUCCGCGCCAGAGCUGCCAGCUUCAUGUGCUCGUACCAGCGUCUGAACGGCUCCUAUGCCUGUGAGAACUCCAAGGCCCUCAAUGGCUUGCUGAAGGAGGAACUCGGCUUCCAGGGCUAUGUUAUGUCUGACUGGGGUGGUACUCACUCCGGUGUUUCUUCUAUCGAGGGCGGUCUCGAUAUGAACAUGCCUGGCGGUCUCGGCGCCUACGGCAUGGUCCCGGAAGCUGGGUCUUACUUCGGAAAGAAUGUUACUUACGCUGUCAACAACGGGACUGUGGAUGAGUCUCGCGUGGACGACAUGAUCGCUCGUAUCAUGACUCCUUACUACUGGCUCGGUCAGGAUAAGGACUAUCCCUCUGUGGAUCCUUCUUCUGCUGAUCUCAACACUUUCUCGCCUCGCUCGACCUGGUUGCGCCAGUUCAACCUGACCGGCGAGCGAAGCCGUGAUGUUCGCGGAAAUCACCACAAGUUGAUCCGUCACCUCGCUGCCGAGGCAACAGUUCUUCUCAAGAACGAGAACAGUGCCCUGCCUUUGAAGGCCCCGAAGAGCAUCGCUGUCUUUGGUAACGAUGCUGGUGAAAACACUAUGGGCCCUGUCAACGCAGCUACUUUCGAGUACGGUACUCUCGGUUCCGGUGGUGGUUCUGGAACUGGACGCUUCACGUACCUUGUCUCUCCUUUGGAGGCUGUGAAGUCUCGCGCAAGCGAAGACAACUCGCUUGUGCAGUACUGGUUGAACAACACCGACAUCGCCACCUCGACUGUCAGUAGCUUCUGGGCCUCCACUCCCGAUGUCUGCCUUGUGUUCCUCAAGACCUGGGCUGAGGAAGGCGCUGACCGCGAACACCUGAGCAUCGACUAUGAGGGCAACGAUGUCGUUGAGGCAGUAGCCAAGUCCUGCAACAACACCGUCGUCGUCACCCACUCCUCUGGCAUCAACACUCUCCCCUUCGCCAGCAACCCUAACGUCACCGCCAUUCUCGCCGCACACUACCCCGGCCAAGAAUCCGGCCACUCCAUUGUCGACGUUCUCUACGGAGACGUCAACCCGGCCGGCCACCUGCCCUACACCAUCGCCAAGAACGGCAGUGACUACAACGCCCCUCCCACCACCGCCGUGUCUACCAAGGGCGCCGACGACUGGCAAUCCUGGUUCGACGAGAAGCUCGAAAUCGACUACCGCUACUUCGACGCCAAGAACAUCUCCGUCCAGUACGAGUUCGGCUACGGUCUCUCCUACACCACCUUCAACAUCUCCGACAUCCAAGCCGACCCGGUCGCCAAAUCCAUCACCUCCAUUCCCGAGGACCGACCCAUCAAGCCCGGUGGCAACCCUGCCCUCUGGGAAACUCUCUACGAGGUGACCGUCUCCGUCGCCAACUCCGGUGAUGUCAAGGGCGCCACCGUUCCCCAGUUGUACGUCACUUUCCCAGACUCUGCCCCCGAGGGAACACCCGUCAAGCAGCUACGCGGCUUUGAGAAGGUCUCCCUGGCCCCUGGUGAGUCGCGCGAUAUCAGCUUCGAGUUGAUGCGCCGUGACUUGAGCUACUGGGACAUCGUCUCGCAGAAGUGGCUCAUCCCUCAGGGUGAGUUCACUCUCCGGGCUGGUUUCAGCAGCAGGGAUUUGAAUGAGACUACUACUAUUACUCCUGUCUCGACUUAG